UUGCAACUGUGCAAUGAUAGUACUACAGUCCAAGGGUGUGACUGGAAGGUUACUUAGAGGGUCCUAGCCUCUGGUAACAUAAUUAUUCCCGAGACCCACAACACUACAAAGUCCUCACUUCUCUCUGUGUUAAAUCCUUCAUUGCUGAAACAGCUUCUUUCCCAGGAAUUCUCAUCACAAACACAUGUACAAAACUCAUAGAAGAAAAAAAAAUCAUAUCAUCUCAUCUCUAAAAAAAUAACUGAGUUUUCAUCUUCUCCUUCUUAAAAAUAUCAGUUAUGGACAUUUGUUUUGCAGCAUCUGGCACAAUACGUUACUUCUCUCCUUUGUUCUGAGGGUCAGGUUUCAUUAAGCAGUUUCCUCUUUUUGCUUUGAUGACGAGGAGGAGCAUAAAAUCAUGAGGUUGAGUAUCUCUCAGUGGAAAUUUAGUUCUACCGUUUAUUUUGGAGACACUUAGGGGAUAUCAACCAGAAAAAGCCAACUUUUUCCUCCACCAGAACCACUUCUUGCUAGCGACACAGAAACCACUCGAGGCACCAUUUGAACUGAGAACAUACUUUAUAUAUCAAUCCCAAGAUGAGUGAGCAGGAGGUCACUUAUUCAAUGGUGAGAUUUCAUAAAUCUGCAGGAUUGCAGAAACAAGUGAGACCUGAGGAGACUAAAGGGCCCAGAGAAGCUGGCUACAGAAGGUGUUCAUUCCACUGGAAGUUCAUUGUGAUAGCUCUUGGCAUCUUCUGUUUCCUUCUUCUGGUAGCUGUUUCAGUGUUGGCAAUAAAAAUUUUUCAGUAUGAUCAACAAAAAAAACUGCAGGAAUUUCUAAACCACCACAAUAACUGCAGCAACAUGCAAAGUGACAUCAACUUGAAGGAUGAAAUGCUGAAAAAUAAGUCUAUAGAGUGUGAUCUUCUGGAAUCCCUCAACAGGGAUCAGAACAGAUUGUAUAAUAAAACCAAGACUGUUUUAGAUUCCUUACAGCACACAGGCAGAGGUGAUAAAGUAUACUGGUUCUGCUAUGGUAUGAAAUGUUAUUAUUUCGUCAUGGACAGAAAAACAUGGAGUGGAUGUAAACAGACCUGCCAGAGUUCCAGUUUAUCCCUUCUGAAGAUAGAUGAUGAGGAUGAACUGAAGUUCCUUCAGCUCGUGGUUCCUUCAGACAGUUGCUGGGUUGGAUUGUCAUAUGAUAAUAAGAAAAAAGAUUGGGCAUGGAUUGACAAUCGCCCAUCUAAACUUGCCUUGAACACAAGGAAAUACAAUAUAAGAGAUGGGGGAUGUAUGUUGUUAUCUAAAACAAGACUAGACAAUGGUAACUGUGAUCAAGUAUUCAUCUGUAUUUGUGGGAAGAGACUGGAUAAAUUCCCUCAUUGACUCUCCAAUGAGUGUUAAAGGAAAAAGUGAAAUUUUCUUACUCUCAUUUGUUUCCUGUAUUAAUUAAUGACACCUUGCAAACAAGUGUUUUGACCAUUGGACUUAGUCUGCAGUGCAAAGAGAGAGAGAGAAAAUCUGGAAGAUUUUGGGAAUAUUCUCUGAAACAUGACAUGACAGAGCAGAUGACAUCUUCCUUCCCUGUUGAGACUGGACAGAUCUUCUCUGAUACCCCAAAGCUUGGACGAAUCUGUUUUAUUUGUUUGCAUAAACUCUAAAAGAAGUAAAUAAAGAACCUUGAUGAC